CCAAAAUUACUGGAGCACCAACCAGAGCCUCCAUCAAAAAUCUCAUCAAAGAAAACAAGACAAUGCGCGCAACAUCCAUAGCGCACGCGGAGCAGGAGACGAAGGACACCUUCGCAUCUGCUACCAACUGAACGACUACAACGCAAGAGCCCAUCUUGCCGGCAACCCAUGGAUUGACCCAGUUCAUCCAGGAGCACGUCCCAACAUCCCGGCUCACGCCACUGCAGCCCAAAUCCAGAAUGAAGUGGCCAACCACCAAUACGACCUUCAAGAAUUCCAAGUCUUCCAAUCCACCGAAAAAGCCUCCUCAAACUCGCCAUGCAAGCCACAGAGGACGUCUACUACAAGGCCCUGGAAGACCCUGACGAAGGAUACUCCCAUGUUAGAUACAUCGACUUCAUUGAACACCUCCAAAGACCUACGGACAACUUAUCAAUGAUGACCUCGACAAAAACAUUGAACGCAUGAACACAAAAUGGUCUCCCAGUGACCCCAUUGAAAAACUCUUCAACCAAAUCAACGACGCCCAAGCAUUCGCACGAGGACAUGACGAAAUCACCAACCGUGCAGCCCUCCGUGCCGGUCUCAAAAACCUCGAAAACAGUGGCGUCUUUCCUUUAGCACUCAAAGAUUGGCGUGCCAAACCAACCCCAGAACAAACAUGGGCCAACUUCCAAACACACUUCAAAGAAGCCAACAACGAACGCAUCCGCAAUAUCACAACCAAACAAGCUGGCUACCAUGACCAACAUCAAACCAAAUUGCAGCAACCAAUGACAAUCCCUACAUCGUGA